AUGUCAACAGAUAACUCACAGGUUGUUAAAAAAGUAGCUAUAGCCGCUGCUGUAGGAGUGGGGGCCGUAGGAAUCGCUUAUUUGAUAUCCAAAAAACUUCGUUCCGGGCCCACGUUCGAUGCUAACUCUUUGACAAUCGAUGAACUCAAACAACUGGGAAACACUUUUUUCUCCGAGAAAAAAUAUGCGGAAGCUAUUCAGGCGUUUACUGCUGCAAUAAAUAAGGGUGCGCGAGAUAAGUUGGGAUCAAUUUGCUACCAAAACCGUGCCGCAGCUAAAGAGAGAGUAGGAGGACAUUCUCUUGAAGAUAUUGUUUCUGAUUGUGAGAAAGCGAUUGAGCUAAAUCCACAAUACGGUAAAGCUUAUUGGAGAAAAGCACGUCUGCAACAUCAGCUAAAACAUUAUUCGGAAGCUUUAACAAGUGUAUUCUGUGCAUCAUAUUUGGAUGCAUCAUUCUCGAGCCAGGCAACAGAGAUCCUAUAUAAAAUAUUGGGGAAUAUUCAAGAUUUUUAUAAAGAUCAAUGGUCAUCCUCUGUUAUCAAUGGUUCUGGCAAGCAUGUGCGCCACGAAAGAGUGUUUGUUUGGCUCCAUAAAACUGUUUUGGAUGAUCCCAUUCGAUCUUUGAUUCUGAGUUGGGACAGAAAAACGAGCACCCAGUUCGGAAAUGCCUUGACUCUGAUUGCUGAACUGAAGUAUGAUGACGUUGCAGCUGAAGCAGAAAAGGAAGAAGGUGAGAAUAAGUUGGAGGCUCUUCUCUUAGCCGCCCGAUUCUAUACUUAUCAGAACUUGAUGGAAGAUGCUGAGAGAUGCCUCAAUCUUUUUGACACCGAGUGGGAAAAAUUAGAUGAUACACAAAAAGGAACUAGAAAGCCAGUUCUGUCUUCCAAACAUCUGAUCUGCAUAGAAAAAGCUCACACGUUGGAUGAAAUAAAACGCGCUUUCUUGAACGCCUUGUCCACAGAUAUCAGAAAUGCAGAUUUUUACUCUGCCGCUGCUUUCCGCUUGGUUCUUGCCGAUGAGAAGCUAGAAGCUCUAAAGAUUCUCAAUACUGAAGGAGUUUCCAAUGACAAUAUCACUCUUUUGAACUUCACUCUAAAAAUCAUGAUGGGAACAGCGAGUCAAGAUCCAUCAGUUCUCAUCAAUACUAUCAAAGCUCUAGAGGAGUUCUGCAAUGGCCUGGACAAUAAAAGCAUGUUCAGUAAAAUACUCCUAGCUAAGGUUUACGCUACAUUUGGUAAUGAUGAAUCAGCUCGUGAAAUCAUGGAUGGGUUAAUAAAGCAGUAUCCCAACCUUUCGAUUCUCUACUACGAUAGAGGUUGUAUGGCAAGAGAUAGAGAUGAAGCUGUGACUAAUCUUAACCGUUGUCUCGAAAUUGAACCUCAUCAUAGCGAAGCUAACUUGAUGUUAGGAAGUCUCCUUCUGGAUGAAAUGAAUGAUAGCCUGAAGUCACCUGACUGCUUCAAAACGAUUCUGGACCUCAUCAACCGUGCCGAGAGUACAUUCGAUAGUACUAUCGAUUUUCCUGUUUUAGAUGGAGUUUUCCGAAUGAAAGCCAUUAUCGAAGCGAAGAAAAAUGCUGCACGUCUCUUAAAUGUCCAAUAG